AGUUCGGCUCAAGUUGAUGGGAUGAUUGAUCGCUUUGCGUUUGGAGCCCACGGCAUGGAGCGGAGCUUCUCGAGUGCCCCCAUCGAGUCCGUGUCCGUGCCCAUGUGGGUGGUGAAGGCUUCCACCCUGCUGCUCUUUGACACAAUGCCUUGCCACGAGGAGCUUGCGGAAAAAGGAUUGCUGGUCCGGCUCCAGGAAGGCAUUUUCUGCAUCUUCGUGUCCCACCAAUGGCUGGGUACCUUUCAUCCAGACCCAACGGGCGAGCAGCUGCGAGUGCUGCAGGAUACCUUGCGGAACCUUAUGAGAGGUGAGCAGAUUGGGACGGACAUCACCUUAGAGUUCUGGCUGCAAAGCGUCCGACUCAGCGAAAUGCACCGAUCCAAACUCAAGGACGCCUACAUAUGGCUGGAUUGGCUCAGCAUUCCUCAGCAGGAUGCAGGGCGUGGCAACCGCAACCCAGCGGACGAGCUAGGGCAAGUUGUAGAGAGCACACCCUCUACCUCGGUGGGGUCUGUCGAGGGGCCUGCUGGUCAGGCGGACUAUAUCAACAUGAUUCCGGAGUACGUCAAGGCGUCGGACAUGUUUUUAACGCUUGCGCCACGCUCCCGGCACACUGUCACCGGCGUCCGCUGCGACUACUUCAGUUGGUCUGGGAGGGGGUGGUGUCGUCUUGAGCUGUGGUGCAAGAUGCUAUCUGCCAACGUCGAGUUUCCCACGGUCCUAGUCACCGCAGCGGACAAAGUGGAGUUCGUGCUGCCUAUGCACUGGCUUGACAACCCCCCGCAGGACGGUGCCUUCUCCUACACAAAGGAUCGCGAAGUUGUGCUACGUGUCAUGGAGAAGGCUUUGCGCGCUAAGCUGCGGCUCUUGAAGGACACGAAGAAGUGGAAUCUCUACCGCUACUACAUGGCCAGGUACGACAUUCUACUUGGCCAACCUUGUCGGCAGCGAUCUCCAGAAGAAUUUCAGCGAGACUUUAGGUUCGAAUCUCUUGCUUCAGCCCGUGGUAUGACUCCGAUGGCCUGCGCGGCGCUGUCCGGGGACGCAAACAUGGUUUCCCAGCUUUGCGACGCGCAGCUGGACGUGGACAGGUUCAUUGGCACGCUGCCCGAGGUGUACAUUAUGGAGUCACUGACGCCUUUGAUGCUGACCAUGUGGUUGGGGUGGCGCUGUCACAAGGUGGCCAAUGCCCUCCUGGAGCGGAGGGCGAACGCCAAUGCUACCACCGCUGUGGGUGGCGAGCAUGUGCUGAGCUUCUGCAAGACACCGGCGGCUGUAGACCUCUUGGUCCAGCACAGGGCAGAUGUAAACCGGCAGCAAGGAGGACACUUCAAGCUGCCACCGAUCACAUCAGCAUGCGGUCGCUCAGCGCCUACGUCUGUGAUAGCAGCCCUCUUGAAGCAUGGUGCAGAUGUGAACCCAAGAAGAGGCGCUGCUGCGUGCAAUCAUCCCUUUGUGGGCGUCGCCUACCGGUGGACGAUGAGCGAGAGCUCCACUGAAGUUGCCAAAUUGCUUUUGGACGCCCGGGCAGAUGUAAAUGCCCAGCGCCACGGGUCGGGAAUUGGGCGCCUCGGGGAAUUGACCUGCCGGGGCCUGGUGAUGUUGCGCGGCAGCAAGGCGCCGAAAGUAUCUCAAUUCUUCGCCGAGUGGUCGACGACUCCCCUGGGUUUCGCUUGCUUUUUCGGCGCGGAGGAGCUCGUGGAGCUGCUGCUAGAGGCAAAAGCCGACUGCGAGCUGCGGAACGCUCGAGGGCGCACGCCGCUGCAGCUGACGCAGUCCGCAGCGGUGCUGAAUGUCCUUCACCGCCACCAGACCACGUUUUCCAUUUGACCCCUAAAAUGUGCAGCGUGCGGAUCGGUGUUUCCGAUGUGUCUGCCAGUUGGCGAUUGACACUCAUGAGUGCCUGCCUCACUCGCAAAUGGGAGUUCAUCGCGGUGUUUGGCGAAAAUCAAGAUGACCACCCCGAUGGUGGCAGCGUGGAUAAUCCAACAGAUUGCGGGAUGCCUAUGCGCAUGCCAUGUGCAGUUUGCGUGCUUUUUGUGGGACGCAUUGCUUCAUGCAAGCGCGACUGUCAGUUCAGCUUGCUGCAUUCAACCGACCAUGAUCAGCUUUUGCCGCCCAGCUAGCUGCAACACUCUGCCCCGGCACGGCAACUCCAAAAGUCAACAACACGACCUGAAGGGGUAGAAUGAGGCAACCCUGCCCAUCUUUCCUUUGUGAGUUCCCAACAUCAGUUGGGCAGUGCGGUGAUGCCGCGCGCAAACCUUAAAGAGGUGGGCGCUGCUUUCUCAUACUCAAUUUCUGCCCCCGUUCGGCGGCCGACUCGUUUGAAGGGCUCCUCCCUUGGCCGCUUGGCCAAAUUUUUCCACCGGUCGGGGAUGAUGUUAGGGCAACACA